AUGCAGUGGCGAUGUAAAAAUGGCUUGGACGCAGGUUUUGGAGCUGCGAAGCACCUGUCACAGCAAGGCUACAACGUCACACUUAUAGAUGCCUCUCCAAAUCCUGGUGGCUUGUCAGCGGGCUGGCGCACGCCUCAGGGCAGAGCAGUGGAAGCUGGCAUCAAGGGCUUCUGGUACCAGUACCACAACAUAUUCGCACUGCUAAGGGAGCUGGGGAUCCCCUGGCCCUUGACUGACUGGACCACCAGCGGGUUCUGGUCCCCCCAGGGGCUCACCACCGAGGCGCCCGUGUUUUCGCGGCGGCCCCAGCUGCCCACCAUGCUCGGCCAGUUCGUGCACACGCUGCCCCUGUUCAAGCGGCUGUCUCUGGCGGACAGGGCCACUAUGGUGCCUCUGCUGGCGGCUGUGGUCGAUUUUGAUGCCACCCCUGAGACCUACGCACGCUAUGACAGCAUGACUGCCCUGGAGCUCUUCCAAAAGUUUGGCGUCAGCAAAGCCCUUUAUGAGGAGUUCCUGCGGCCGCUACUGCUGGUGGGCCUGUUUGCGCCGGCUGAGGAGCUGUCGGCCGCCGCCGUCCUCGGCACUUUCUAUUUCUACACGCUGGCGCACCAGAAUGACUUUGAUGUGUGCUGGGCCAAGGGGAGUGUCAGCGAGCUCAUAUUUGACCCCCUGGUGCGGCGGAUCGAGGCAGCGGGAGGGAACAUUGUGGGAGGCAGACUGGUCUCGGGCCUCCAGCUGGACGAGCUGACGGGCGAUGUGUCAGCGGUGCUGUCGCGCGACCGGGCAGGCGACGAGACCGUGCACCCCGCCGACGGCGUUGUCUUCGCCAUAGGCAUCUCAGGCAUGCAGAAGCUGGUGGCGGGCUGCCCGGAGCUGGGCAGACGGGCAGAGUUCGCGCGCAUCGCCAACCUGCGUUCAAUCGACUGCAUAGCGACGCGGAUAUGGUUUGACCGGCGGAUUGCCACGCAGUUCCCCGCCAACGUGCUCUCCGGGUUUGAGGAGUGCACGGGUGGCACCUGGUUCAACCUGAAUGACCUCCAGGAUGAGUACAAGGGUGCAUCGGGUGCAGUCAUAGCAGCGGACUUCUACCACUCGAACGCGCUCAUGCCUCUGAGCGACGAGGCAAUAGUGGCGCGCAUCAUAGACAGCGCGGUGCUGCGUUUCCCAAAGGCGGUGACGCAUUUCAGCCCCGGCUCGUACGCGUCGCGUCCCCUGCAGACCACCUCUUUUGGCAACGUGUUCAUGGCCGGUGACUGGGUCAAGGGCGUUCCCCACGGCGCCAACGGCCUCUCACAGGAGCGAGCAUAUGUGACAGGGUUGAGGGCAGCGAAUAUGGUGGUAGACAAGUUGGGCUGGGGAGUGCACGCAGACAUUCUGCCGGUAGAGCCAGAUGAGCCCUACAUCGCAGCCCUGAAGGGCGCCAACCGCGGCGUGAAAUCUGUGCUGUCCGCUUCCGGCAUCCGCAGCCCCUUUUUGUAA